UCCAGCAUGGGAGAUACUUUCCUGAGAAAACACAUCUGCUGUUUCACUCUUUUCCUUCUUGCCAUGAAGGUCGCCAGUCCAGCUCAUCUACAAACACAACCCAAAGAUUCUGAAGACAUUUUCCCUCCACUCUGGCAUUUAGUGCCUGAAAACUUUGAAGAUUAUUUCAUCCAAAAUCACAAAAUUGUCAUCAAUGUCUGGAACUACUUAGAGAGAUUGGGAAUGUAUAAGAUCUUGCUCAAAUCUUCAGCUAAAUAUUUCAGUGAACUUGGACCUGACAAUUUCAACAAUAUCUUAUGGGGAUUGCCAUUACAGCAUGGCUGGCAAUACAGUUCAGGCAGAUUAGCAGAUCCUUUAAAUGCUACAGGGUGUGGCCAUAAGGGUGGAGACAAUCUAUGCAUAUCUGAAUUCAGCUGGUGGGCUUGUAUGAAUUACUACUUGGCAGCUAUUCCCUUUCUUGGGGCACUGGAUAGUGACUUCUUUGAAGAGCUACCAAAUGAGAUAGAAUUAAUUCCACCACAAGAGCAAAGAGCACAUUUCUGCCUCAGCAUUGCUGAAUGUAAUACCCAGCUGCCAAAAGUCAUGUCUGCCUGGAGGGAUUUUUUCAAGUAUCUCCUAUCUACUGCAUCAAACUCUGAAACAGCUACAAGUCUUCUUUUCUCAGAAGAUGAAGCCUUGGGUUAUAUGUGGAGUGCUCAUACUCUCUCUAUUAGUUCUGCAUUUCAGAAGUGUAAAAAAAGUCUCUCAUACCUCAGCGGACCUGAAAGCAGUUUUGGCGAGGCCUGGUCUUCCACAGUUGAUUUCCUUGCAGCCACGCAUCUUCCUACAAACUUUAAUGUUACAAAUAAUUUCCAGAUGGGAUUACCACCUCGAAUACUUUUGGAAGGAGACAAACCCUUCAUUGGUGACUUCACAUUUCUGCAGAAUAAAGUGCUUUUUCUUCUUGAGAGUCUUCAUACCACAAAUAAGAAUACAGGGAAUAUUCUACUGCUUUUAUGGAAAAAAGCCAUGUCCACUGAAAAAGGAAGACGUUUUGGUCGAAGUCUUAUUGAAAAGAUCUUUUCUACCCUUUCUGUGAAAUAGCUCAGCUUUACCCAACAUAAAUAAAUAGUUUCAUGAUUUACCC